AUCAUGCUGGGUACUGUACAACUUUUUCACUGACUAAUCAAAAAAACAAAUCUAAGCAGCGAGAGUUUAUGGAUGUUAAUCGUGCUGUUUUUGCUGUGAGCUGCUGUUUGUGUCUGAUUUUCUAAGGAGGAAGAAUAUCAAUGUAUCUGCAGUCGAGAACAUGGCAAGACUUCUGCUGCUGCAAGUGAUUUUUCAUGGCAUCCUGUUUAGUGGUACCUGGACAUGGUCAGUAACAAUGCCAGGGAGCAUUAAAGGCCUAUACGGUUCCUGCUUGGUUAUACCAUGUAGGUUCUCCUACUACUCAUAUCCACCUACAAACCCUUAUCGAGUAGUGUGGUAUCAGUAUGUUAGUCGUGGAUACCCUUUAGUGUAUGAUAGUUGGAACCCUGGAUCAGUGAUUGACAAGUUCAGAUGGAAAACCAGUUUAUAUGGGAACCCAUCAAAGAGGGACUGCAGCCUGCUGAUUGACAACCUUAAUCAAUACCACCAUGGAGAAAAGCUUUAUGCCUGGAUAGACCCGGAAAAUGUUGGAUACAGAACUUAUGCAUUCUAUGAUGUUACCAGUACGAUUAACAUUGAAACAUCAGCACAAGUACCCAGCAUUGGCAUUUUUGGAGGAAACCAAAUUGGGCAACACAUCACUGUCCACUGCAGCACUUACCACACCUGCCCUUACAGAAAACCCUCUCUGACUCUGAGUGGGAUAGAUGGAACACAAGACAGAUUGGAACACACUGACAUUGGAAGUGGCACCUGGAAAAUCACGCUGAUACGUGAAGGGAUUGUUAAGUCUGAUAACCAAAGAGUUGACUGUGUGGUCAGACAUCCCGGUGGUCUUUCGGCUUCAGCUACUAAAACACACACUGCGACAUGUCCCAUUUACAGACCCCAGAUUACACCUGAUUCCAGCACUGAGUUUCUUGAGGGAGUGGAAACAGACAUCAUUUGCUCGGUCAGAUACAAGUGCCCCAGAGAUCGACCUUACAUCACUUGGAAUGGUGGACAGUUAUCUGGCAGCAUGUCUCUUGUAUCUGGAACACAACAGGAAGCUAGAUCAACAUUAAAGUUCACUGCAAGUGCUACUGACCAUGGGAAAGUCAUUACCUGCCAAAUAGAUUUUAAAGGAAGUGUUCAAAGAGUCGCAAUUACUUUAAAAGUGAAAAGGUCAAUGUUCUCCCGUGACUGGACAUUCUCCAUGCCCAAUGCGAUCAGAGGGGUCCGGGGCUCAUGUGUGGUCAUUCCCUGCAGUUUUGACUUCAAAACCACACAGCCUCCCAAUGUCAAUGUGAAAUGGUAUGAAUUCUCUGAUACACAGUAUCCUUUAGUGUACGAUCAAUCAGCACAGAAUGUUAUCACCAAGUUCAGAGGGAAGACGAGCUUGUAUGGAUCUCCAAAUGAGGGAAACUGUAGUUUGAAGAUCCAGUCUCUUGAAAUGCAGCAUAACCAGGAGAGACUGUAUCCAUGGAUGGACCCAAAGCCUAUUGAAACGUACCACAGAGAAAAUUACCUUGAUGUAACCAUUGCACUUGAAGUAACAGAUAAUAUUGAGAAACCGAAGGUGGACAUUACUGGCAGUGAGCAGGUUGGAGAGCCGAUCACCUUGUCAUGCAGUGUGAUACACACCUGUCCUUCAACUCCCCCAACACUGAGCUUCAGUAUCUCCCGUGGAACUGAACGUCUAAUGCACACACCCCUACAUGAAGGCAAAUGGAAGAUAACCAAAGAGAUUACAUGGAAUGUCCAGGAGGAUGAUGUUUCUGUUACUUGUACUGUUAGUUAUUCAAGUGGACAGACCGCUGUGACUGAAGUCAGGCUCCGCCCCUUAUGUGCUUUUGAGAAACCAAAAAUAAGCCCAACACAAGAUGAAGUCAUGGAGGGAAUUGAGAAGAUCUUUAGUUGUACUGUGCAUCACACAUGCCAAAAACAGAAGCCAGCCCUCACCUGGAACUACCAAAACAUGCCAAUUUCAGUUCAAACUCAAAAUAUUAACUCCACUAUUUGGGAAACAGUUUCCACAUUAAAAUUCAGAGCAGUGAAGGAUGAUCAUGGAAAGUCAUUGACAUGCACAGCUCAGUCUUCAAAGGAAGAGUCUUCAGAUUCUGUUGUUUUAAAAGUAAAGAGAGGAAUGUCCUCACUGGACUGGACAUACUCAAUGCCGAGCAAGAUUAAAGGCCUUCAAGGCUCCUGUCUGGUCAUUCCCUGUAGCUUUGACUUCAAAACCACAUGGCCCAGCAAAGUCAGGGUGAGAUGGUAUGAGCUCUCCACUACACGGUAUCCUUUAGUGUAUGAUGAAGACGGCCGUGGUGUCACUAGCAAGAUCUGGGGGAAGACAGAAUUGUAUGGAUCAUCCAGUGCGGGAAACUGCAGUUUGAAGAUUAACCCACUAAUAAUGCCACAAAACGAAGAGAAACUGUAUCCCUGGAUGGAUCAAAAUCCAGUUGAAUCAUUCCACAAAGAAAACUAUGACAAUUUCGUGGAACUUCAAGUAACGGAACAAGCUGAUAAACCAGAGCUCAGCAUCCUUGGCGUACCCCGAGUUGGAGAGCAAAUCACAGUGUCCUGCAGUGUAUAUCAUACCUGUCCAUCCAGUCCUCCAACACUGAGCAUGGGUAAAGCUCUACAGACUGACACCACUGCACAUGCUCCCGUGCAGGAUGGAUUCUGGGUGAUCACCAAACAACACACAUUUGUAAUUAAAGAAGAUGAGCAAACCGUUACAUGCAAAGCCACAUUCCCAGGUGGUCAGACAUCAGAAGCGUCGAUCAACCUCAAUGCUCAAUGUAUCCACAAAGAUAUAGUGAUUGAGCCAGAGCUGGCUGAUGUCACAGAGGGAGUCGCAGAAAACUUUACCUGCAAAGUUUUCCAUUCUUGUAAAAAACAAACUCCAGAUAUCACCUGGAACUAUGAAAACAUGCCUGAGACUGUGGAGACUAAACAAAACCGAGGAUCGGGCUGGGUCACCAGUUCAAAUGUACUAUUUUUAGCAUCAAUGGAGGAUCAUGGAAAGAAGCUCACCUGCACUGCAAAAUUUCCUUAUGGAGAAAUCACAGCUUCUGUGGUUUUAUAUGUUCAAAAGUUUGUGCCCAAAAUAGUGGAUCCAUUUGAGAAUGACACUCUGCACAUUUACGAGGCAAAUGUGGUGUCCAGGAUCAGUGCCCUGACCCGCUCCUGUGUGGUGAUACCGUGCACUUUCCAGAUCGGAGAUGUGCCUGUCACCCGGCUCCGUGGCCUAUGGUACACCAACAAGGGGGAAUAUGUUUUCCAUACUGGACAGACCAACGUUCUGGACAACUUUAAAGGUCGUACAAAGCUGUUGGGGGACACAAAUGAGCAGAACUGCACUUUAGAGAUUGAUGAUGUCCAAGCCCACGAUAAUGGGCCAUUUUGUUUCCAUGCAGAAAAGGGCAGCGACAAGUACAGGUUUAACCACAGCUGCGUUUUCAUCUUAAUGAAAGCAACUCCUGACAAGCCUGUGAUUUCGGAUCUUCCUGAAGAGCUGGAGCCAGGCAAGAGAUAUACAAUUAGCUGUUCUGUCACCCACACGUGCCCCUCACACCCCCCAACUAUAACCUGGAGUAUUCCAACUGCCAAGAAAGUGGUUAGCCACAUGGAGACAAGUGCAGGCCAGUGGAAAACAAUCUCAACAGUUACUUACGUACCAACUGGCUAUGAAGAGGAAGAAGACCUCAUUUGCACAGCUUCAUUCUGGAGAGGAAAGAAACAAGAGAGUUCAGUCGAGCUUCCUGUGAAAAGAUAUGAGGGGCUGAGAAUGGAGACCAUAGGACCUUACAUCCUCGCACCUUUGUUUCUAGUUUUACUUCUUUGUGGCGUAGCUAUAGCUGGAGCUGUCAUUUAUAAGAAGAGGGCUAGGCGGACGCCUUCAGACGGAGAAAGGAUUGAGAAAAGGAGAUCGGUGUGGGCCCAAUUAUCCAGGAGAUCUGAUGGAACUGCAAGCUGGCUGCCAUCUGUGAAAAGAAACAAUGUACCAGCACGGCCACCAAAACCUGAGAAAAGACAGAGCAUCUGGAGCCGCUUUUCCAGGUGA